AGACGUAUCACGAUCACGCGAGACUAUACGCCCCUUUUAACUCGCAGGUAGUUUUCCCAAAACAUCCUCGGCUACAAGACAGCUAAGUGUUUUUCAUCUUGUCUGCGUCACCGUCUGCGUCAUCACACAACAUGUCUUCCGUACACGAAGACAAAUGGGAACAAUACGUUACCCCCAAUUUGACGCAACUGGUUAAAAAGCUAAAGCCGUCGUCACUGUUGGAGGAUUUACGCCAGUGCGGUCUCCUAACUCAAGAAGAUGUCAAUAGUCUACGACAUGGCAGUUUCACCGAACAGGAGCGCUCACGCAAACUGCUCUACGAUAUACUACCGUACAAGGGCAACGACCGUUUCAAUCGUUUUUGCAAUGUUCUUAGCAACGUUGAAGAACAGGCGCACAUUGUGACGGAAGUUUUGGAGGUGGAAAUCGAGACGGCGUCUCCCGUUGAUUCUGAUCCUAAAGAAACAGAGAAAAUGCCGCAAAGAGAUCGGAACACAAAGGACUAAGCAGUGGAAUGACCCGCUAGUACACUGGGCGAGAUAGUCUAUAGUUAAACGUGUCUAUGACUGUAGUUGCAUGGAGCAGAGUUCUUGUAGCUAUAGCAUCUAGCUAGCUAGGCACAGUACCGAAAUGCUCAACUACGUGGUAAGUGUACAUACUCAUACUUUGCAAUAACUUACUAGGUGUGGUGAAA